AUGCCACCGUCUAAGUCCCGGACCCGGGCCCAGUCCAAGGCCCCCUCCCAGCCACCGCCCCCGAUCCCGAUCCCGCGAGUGUUUGGCACUGGCAGCCUCCCCUACGGAGGCCUGCCGGGCCGGUGCUUCUACGGGCCCGAGGACCCGCCGGGCCACUUCGACGCGGGCGUGACCAACGGGUUCUUGAGCCAGCAGCUGGAGGCCAGCGUCAGCUGGGACGGACACCACCUGCUGCAGCUGCUGGAGCAGAAAGACAUCGAGUGGAUGCGGAUGCUGGACGGCGCGCGGCCGCUGGUGCUCGAGCCGGACCAGUACCUCGCGCGCUUCUGGUGCCGGACCGACGCGGAGACCUACUACUUCAUCUGCACCAAGCUGCAGGGGCUGGAGUACUGCUCCCAGUACGUCAAGUGGGUCAACGUCAAGAGUCCGCUGUACCCCGUGGUCCAGGCCACGACGGGGCCGAGCUUGCGGCAGCUGCACGUCGAGCUGGGCGAGCAGUUCUACCAGAUGGAGGGUGAGCUACGUCUGCAACUUGAGCAGCAGAAGCAGCCGUGGCAGUUCGUACACAUUACACCGGAGCUGUAUCCACAGCAGCAGCAGCAGCAGCAGCAGUUGGAGGAGGCGCGGGAUGUGCUGCGGGUACCGAGUGUGCUGCCCGGUGUGCAGCAGGAGGGUUUGGGGCAGCAGAAGCAGCAAGAGCCACAGCAGUUCCAGCAGUUCCAGCAGUUGUCACAGGAGCGGCCUCAACAGCAGGCGCAACAGGAGAAGCAGGCGGACGUAGUGGAUCUGACCCAAACCCCGCAAUGA